AUGUCUUACAUUUGCAUCGGACCCAAAGGAUCAGGAAAAACCCACUUGCUUCACUGCCUCAAGGAAACUGAGUCCAUCAAUGAAACAUCCUACUCUGUAUCAACUGUUGGCACGAAUAUCUACACAAUAAGGAAUCCCAAUGUGAAGGAGACAGAGAGUAAUAAGCAGAAGGCAAGGCAAGUCCUUAGCGUGCAAAUCCGUGAAAUUGGCGGGACAAUGGCGCCAAUCUGGAGGCGAUAUUUCGAGGGAGUUACUCACGUUAUCUACGUCGUGGACACGUCCAAUCUCUGCCAGAUCUCAGCUGCCGGCGUCCUCCUUUACACCAUCCUCACGGAGCCUCGCCUGCAAACGGCCGAUAUCUUGCUGGUGCUGACGAAGAUGGAUCUGGCCUAUCGCCAGAUGCGAAACGAAGCCCUGCUCAUGCUGCAAUUGGCGAAACUGCGGAAGGAGUUGAGGCAGCGCAUCACAGUCGUGGAGACAAGCGCUGUCACUAACAGCGGUCUCACGGACGUCCUGGAUUGGAUCUUCUUGCCACACAAGAAGGCCACGCAAGCCAAAGGGCCUCACGCACACUAA